AUGGACGCGACGCGACGGGAGGUGGCGAGCGAACGGGCGUAUGCGCUCAGCGCGCGGUUCGCGGCGCGCGUGGCGUGGUGCUGCCAGGAGGGAUGUUAUCCGCACAAGGAUCAUCACGUGAAUCAGGACGCGUGCGCGACGUGGGAGGGAAGGGAGAUGGCGCACGAGGAGGCGGUGAUCGAUGGGGAGGGAAACGAUGCGGUGGCGCGGCGAGAGACGGGACGGGUGCUGGUGGGGGUGUUCGAUGGGCACGGGAAGCACGGGGAGGAGUGCGCGCAAAUCGCGCGGGCGACGUUCGCGGAGACGCUGGCGAGGGAGACGCGGGGAGGCGCGGCGCUGAGGGAUGGGUACGCGCGGACGUUCGAGGCGGUGAACGCGGUGGUGUGCAAAGAGAUGGGGGAGAACGCGUCGUUUUCGGGGUCGACGGCGAUCACGGCGCUGUUUGAUGACGAAGGCGUGGUGCGCGUGGGAAACGUCGGGGAUUCGCGAUGCGUCGUCGGCGUCGAGCGCGCGGCGGGCGUCGCGGUCGGGAAUCGACACACGAGGCGAUGGGAGGUGAGAGAUUUGACGCAUGAUCAGACGUGCUUUCGCGCGGACGAGCGCGCGCGGAUGAAAGCGGAGGCGACGUCGCCGAUGACGUUCGCCACCAUCGGCAUGGUUUUGGGCGAAACCGAGGCGCACGAGGACUUUGGCGACGGCGAACCGGGUUCGGACGAGGAAUAUUGCGACGACCCGCCGCGCGUUUUCAUGGCUGGUUAUCGUUUUCCCGGAUGCGCGUUCACUCGCUCGAUCGGUGACACCGUGGGGAAGUCGCUCGGCGUGAGCGCGACGCCCGAGAUGAGCGAGUUUGACUUGAACGCCGAGCCGUCGACGCGGUGCGUCGUCGUCGCCUCCGACGGCGUGUUCGAGUUCAUGUCCAGCGCGGAAACGAUGGCGAUCGCGGAGAAAUUUUACGAGGAGAACAUGCCCGGUGCCGCCGAACGCGCCGCGCACGCCAUCGUGCGCGCCGCGUUCUCGCGUUGGCAAGAGCACGACGAGCGAGCCGACGACAUCACCGCCGUGGUGACGUUUAUUUAUCCGCUCGACUCCGACACGUCCACGGCGACGGUGGUGGUGAACGACAUGGACGAUGCGCUUAAUAAACUCUUGUUGUAG